AUGUCUGAUGCGACAGUUGGCUUAAAAGCAAGCAGAGAACGAUGCUACCAGUCACGGGACGAAUACUUUAAAUGUUACGAGGAGUAUAAAGAUUACGGUGAAUUCAAGUGUAGAAAACUGAAGGAGAAAUUCGAGAAGGACUGUCCUGCAGCAUGGGUCCCACAUUUCAUUCGUAAGCAUAACUACGGAAAGUACAAACAAAAGUUAGUGGACGAAGGGAUUUUACUUACAGAAGUGAAUAAUGCUGAUAAGGCGAAUAUUGGUGGAAACCGUUUGUUUCAUGUGACGGGUAAUAUACUGACUAGUUCUACUGUAUCUACUGUAUUCGGUGGUACCGACGUUCAUUCAAAACAGAAUUCAUCAACAAAAUUCCCGAGGACAAAUGCUGAAAAAUUAGCUUAUUGCGGUUGUGUAAAUGAUGUGCUGCAUGACGUUAGCGUUGAGCAGUUUUGUGAACGUAUGAAAAUGUUUGGUUGUAUGAAAUAUUUAAAUGCAUUGCGGAUCCUGAAAGAUAUUCACUACCUAAAGACAGGUCGUUUACUUUUGAGGCACUUAUGCUCCUCUUCAUCCUCACUACCACCAUACAUAGUGCUUGAAAUGAUCGAGAUGCUCGUUUGCAUUCACAUGGAAGGUGCCACUGAGAGAGGCGAUGAAGAACUUUGGCGAGAAUUGUUACGCCUAACGGAUAAAGUGCCAUAUUUCUUGAAACCUACUGUUUUGCUGCUCAUGAAAUCAUGUUGUCCCGUGAAUAUUAUGCCGAAAUUGCCAUCGAACCUGAUGUUACGUCCUGUAGUUAUCACUGCUUUGUUAGCCAAUUAUAUCCGUUUUGGGAAAAUAAGCCUCUUCCAAACAUUGCUUGCAAAAGAGACUGAUUAUGAUUUGUUUAAAAACGACCAAUUACUGCGAGUUCUCGCUUUGCACACUAAUUCUCAUCCAGCUGUAUCAUCUACUUAUUUGGAAUGUCUCUCACGGCGCAGUAUUACCUUAUUAGGUGACAAUAUGUCACAUUUCAAUUCCAUCAUCCGGAAAUAUUUGUCUGAUGAUAUGCAGUUGUUCUCCAGUGCCACGGAUCAAGAGAUUUCCGAUUUGAGGAAGCAUAUAAAACGAAAAGUAAAGCCUCUUGAAGAUCAGCAGUCACUGGUCGUUGAUGCUCUCAAUAUUUUAUAUACAGGUAUUAAUAAUGUGAGUUCAAAAUAUGGGAUUGACGAAGUGUUGCAGAAGUCGUUGAAUAUAUUUGCUAAUGUACUACUUAUUGUGCGAAAAGGUGGUGACACGAAUCGUGUGUGGAAUAAACAUGAUAAGUUCUGUAACUCUCGCUUGUCAGCAUUCUUCUGUCACAGAAUGAGUAACGAUGAUUUGUUUAUACUGUUAGCAGUCAUGGAACUUGGAAGAAAUGCUUACUUUUUGACAAACGACUCCUUUAUGAAUCAUCGCAAUAUGUUAACUCUGUCGGGUCAGUCGUUAUUUGACAGGUGGGUAGAGCAAAGAGCUGUGCGCUUGGAUAAUGGUGAUGUAAUUAUGCCUUCGAAAUUUGCUUCAUACGCACAUGAGACAGAGAAUGGUUACCACAUUCCUGUUAAAACAGUUAGCAAAUCGGUUGCCUUGUAUUCGUUUCUUUGCGGACGAAGAAAACAUAUCUAA